AUGGCAGCCUUGGACAUGACCCUAGAAAUUGAAUUGGGGGUAACAGGAGGCGAAGAAGACGGUGUGGAUAAUACCGAUGUGGACAAUUCAAAACUGUACACCCAACCCGAAGAAGUAUGGCAAGCCUAUCAGGCCUUAUCGUUGGUUUCUUCUCGAUUUACAAUCGCCGCUGCUUUUGGAAAUGUGCACGGGGUUUACAAACCAGGCGGUUCCAUGGGUUCGGUGAUGGGCGAAAAAAUUAGCCGAGCUGUGGAUUAUUGUCUGGAACACAAAUUGCCUUACGUCAUCAUAUGCAAAUCGGGAGGAGCCCGCAUGAUGGAAGCCGCCAUUUCUUUGAUGCAAUUGGCUAAGAUUCAAUCCAAAUUGAGCCGUCUGGCCCAACAUAAAUUGCCCUAUAUUCCGGUGCUUACCGAUCCCACAUUUGGAGGCGUAACCGCAUCGUUUGCCAUGGUUGGUGAUGUAAUCAUGGCCGAACCAGGGGCUCUAAUAGGCUUUGCUGGUCCAAGG